GUCCAGUCCUGCCAGGUCUUGCCCUCUGAACCAGCUCAUCCACCCGGCGCCGCGGCCACUCCAGCCAUGGCCCUCCUGCACCGUGACAGCCGAGGGGUCGCUGUCGCCUGUUGCUGGCUCCUCACCGUUGUUUUAGGCUUCUGCGUAUCAUUCAAUGUUGAUGUGAAAAAUUCAAUGAAUUUCAGCGGCCCGGUGGAAGACAUGUUUGGAUACACUGUUCAACAAUAUGAAAAUGAAGAAGGAAAAUGGGUGCUUAUUGGUUCUCCUUUAGUUGGUCAACCCAAAACCAGAACUGGAGAUGUCUAUAAGUGUCCAGUUGGAAGAGAUGAGUCAUUACCUUGCAUAAAGUUGCAUCUACCAGUUAAUACAUCAAUUCCAAAUGUCACAGAAGUAAAGGAGAACAUGACGUUUGGCUCAACUUUAGUCACCAACCCAAAUGGAGGGUUUCUGGCUUGUGGGCCCUUAUAUGCCUAUAGAUGUGGACAUUUGCAUUACACAACUGGAAUCUGUUCUGACGUCAGUCCCACAUUUGAAGUGGUGAAAUCCUUUGCCCUGGUACAAGAAUGCAGCACUCAGCUGGACAUAGUCAUAGUGCUGGAUGGUUCCAACAGUAUUUACCCCUGGGGGAGUGUCACCGCUUUUUUAAAUGACCUUCUGGAAAGAAUGGAUAUUGGUCCUAAACAGACACAGGUUGGAAUUGUGCAAUAUGGAGAAAAUGUAACCCAUGAGUUCAACCUCAAUAAGUAUUCAUCAACUGAAGAGGUACUUGUUGCAGCAAAACAAAUUGUCCAGAGAGGUGGCCGCCAGACUAUGACAGCCCUUGGAAUAGAUACAGCAAGGAAGGAGGCAUUCACUGAAGCCCGCGGUGCCCGAAGGGGAGUUAAAAAAGUCAUGGUCAUUGUGACAGAUGGAGAGUCCCAUGACAAUCACCGGCUGAACAAGGUCAUCCAAGACUGUGAAGAUGAAAACAUCCAGCGAUUUUCCAUAGCUAUUCUUGGCAGCUAUAACCGAGGAAAUUUAAGCACUGAAAAAUUUGUGGAGGAAAUAAAAUCAAUCGCAAGUGAACCCACUGAAAAGCAUUUUUUCAACGUCUCUGAUGAACUGGCCCUUGUCACCAUUGUUCAAGCUCUAGGAGAAAGAAUAUUUGCCCUGGAAGCUACAGCAGACCAGUCAGCAGCUUCAUUUGAAAUGGAAAUGUCUCAGACAGGCUUCAGCGCUCAUUAUUCACAGGAUUGGAUCAUGCUUGGAGCAGUAGGAGCCUAUGAUUGGAAUGGAACAGUAGUAAUGCAGAAGGCUAAUCAAAUCAUAAUUCCUCAAAACACAACCUUUAAAGUUGAAUCUACCAAGAAGAAUGAACCGCUUGCUUCUUAUUUAGGUUACACAGUAAACUCUGCCACUACUCCUGGAGAUGUCCUCUACGUUGCUGGACAGCCACGGUACAACCACACAGGCCAGGUCAUCAUCUACAGGAUGGAAGAUGGAGACAUCAAGAUUCUCCAGACACUCAGUGGAGAGCAGAUCGGUUCCUAUUUUGGUAGUGUCUUAACUACAGUUGACAUUGAUAAAGAUUCUAACACUGACAUCCUUCUGGUCGGGGCUCCCAUGUACAUGGGAACAGAGAAAGAGGAACAAGGAAAAGUGUAUGUGUACACUCUGAAUCAGACAAGAUUUGAAUAUCAAAUGAGCCUGGAACCAAUUAAACAGAUUUGCUGUUCAUCUCUGAAGCACAAUUCAUGCACAAAAGAAAACAAAAAUGAGCCAUGCGGGGCUCGUUUUGGAACAGCGAUUGCUGCUGUAAAAGACCUCAAUCUUGACGGAUUUAAUGACGUAGUGAUAGGGGCUCCGCUGGAGGAUGAUCACGCAGGAGCCGUGUACAUUUAUCAUGGUAGUGGGAAGACUGUAAGGAAGGAGUAUGUUCAACGUAUUCCGUCAGGUGGGGAUGGCAAGACAAUGAAAUUUUUUGGCCAGUCUAUCCAUGGAGAAAUGGAUUUAAAUGGUGACGGUCUGACCGAUGUGACUAUUGGUGGCCUUGGUGGGGCUGCCCUCUUUUGGUCCCGAGAUGUGGCUGUAGUUAAAGUGACCAUGAAUUUUGAACCCAAUAAAGUGAACAUUCAAAAGAAAAAUUGUCGGGUGGAGGGAAAGGAAACGGUGUGCAUAAAUGCUACAAUAUGUUUUGAUGUGAAAUUGAAGUCCAAAGAAGACUCAAUUUACGAAGCUGAUAUGCAGUAUCGUGUCACCCUAGAUUCCCUAAGACAGAUAUCACGAAGUUUUUUCUCUGGAACUCAGGAAAGAAAGAUUCAAAGAAACAUCACAGUUCUAAAAGUAGAAUGCACUAAGCACUCCUUCUACAUGUUGGACAAGCAUGACUUUCAGGAUUCUGUAAGAAUAACUUUGGAUUUUAAUCUUACUGAUCCAGAAAACGGCCCUGUCCUUGAUGAUUCUCUACCAAAUUCAAUCCAUGAAUAUAUUCCUUUUGCCAAAGAUUGUGGAAAUAAGGAAAAAUGUAUCUCAGACCUUGCCCUGGAUGUAUCCACCAAAGAAAAGUCCCUGCUUAUUGUCAGGUCUCAAAAUGACAAGUUCAACGUUAGCCUGACAGUGAGAAAUAAAAGGGACAGUGCCUAUAACACCAGAACAAUCGUGCAAUAUUCUCCAAAUCUAAUUUUUUCAGGAAUUGAGGGGAUCCAAAAAGAUAGUUGUGAAUCCAAUCAUAAUAUUACAUGUAAAGUUGGAUAUCCUUUCCUGAGAAGAGGAGAAAUGGUAACCUUCAAAAUAUUAUUUCAGUUUAAUACAUCUUACCUCAUGGAAAAUGUGAACAUUUAUUUAAGUACAACAAGUGACAGUGAAGAACCUCCUGAAACCCUUUUUGAUAAUGAAGCAAAUAUUUCUAUCCCAGUAAAAUAUGAAGUUGGACUACAGUUUUACAGCUCUGCAAGUGAAUACCAUAUUUCAAUUGCGGCCAAUGAGACUGUCCCUGAAGUUAUUAAUUCUACUGAGGACAUUGGAAGUGAAAUUAAUAUAUUCUAUUUGAUUAGAAAAAGAGGACCUUUUCCAUUGCCAGGACUUACGCUGUCAAUUUCAUUCCCCAAUUUGACAUCAGAUGGUUACCCUGUGCUGUACCCAACUGGAUGGUCUUCUUCUGAUAAUGCAAAGUGCAGACCCCGUAACCUUGAGGAUCCUCUUGGUAUCAACUCUGGAAAGAAAAUGAUUAUAUCAAAAUCUGAAGAUCUCAAACGAGGCACAAUUCUGGACUGCAGUACAUGUAAACUUGCUACCAUCACUUGUAAUCUCAUCCCUUCUGACAUUAGUCAAGUGAAUGUUUCACUGAUCCUGUGGAAACCAACUUUUAUAAAAACACAUUUCUCCAGCUUAAAUCUUACAAUAAGUGGAGAACUUCAGAGUGAAAAUACAUCACUGAUUUUAAGUAGUAGCAACCAAAAACGAGAGGUUGCUAUUCAAAUAUCCAAAGAUGGGCUACCAGGCAGAGUGCCAUUGUGGGUUAUCCUCUUGAGUGCGUUUGCUGGGUUAUUACUGUUAAUGCUGCUCAUAUUGGCACUAUGGAAGAUUGGAUUCUUCAAAAGGCCACUAAAGAAGAAAAUGGAGAAAUGAAGUAUUUAACAAAAAAAUGACAAUUAUUCAAUGAUCUAUCCUCAGGUUUGCCUCAAAUAUGUGACAUGAAAUUUAUAAAUAUAAUCAAAGAUAUGGUCACAUAACUAUGCAAUCCAUCAGGGAUUAAUCACUUGGAAAAUGACAUAUCAAGCAUGAUCCAAAAACAGUACCACAAAGAUCUAUUUUAUAAAGGGAUGAAAAAUAUUUUUAAAUAAUUACUCAUUUUUGUUGAGUAAGCAAAACUACAGUGUUUAAAGAAGUAUCUCUUCAAAUGUUUAUUUGUAUAGUAACAAAUAGGCCACCACCUAUAAAGUAUUUAAGGAAUGCAAAAAAAAGAGCUUAAUGAUCAUCAAAACAUUUACUUCCAAAACAAUGUAAUUUAAGUUUUCUCCUUGAUUACUAGUGGAUAUCCACAUUCAGCAUGACAAUCAGCAUUUUUCAAUGCCAGGAAAGGAAUUGCCUGAUAAAGAUCACUUCUCUCAAUUCAAAUGAGAAAAAUUUCCCCUAACAGAAUCCAUGUACAAUAUAGACUAAAAUAAAUCAAAUUAUACCACAGAAAAUACAUUCAACAUCUUUGUGUUAGGUUCUGUUAGUCAGAAAGCUUUUUUUCCUUUUUCCCAAUGUGAUUGGAAAAUAGUGCAAUUGAGCUGGAAUUCCAUGUAGAAUAGAAAAUCAAGAGAGAGUCAUUGUAUAAAAACAAGUGCACUGAAUGGAUUAAUUUAAAUUUUACGUAAUAUGCUUAAUUUUGAUAUUGAGCUCUAAAACACAAAACUCUUUUAUACAGAAAAAUAAGCGCUUAAAGCAGUUUUGUGUAGCAUUAACAGUGAUUUUUCAUGAAAAGCCACAUUGUGUGGGGUACAUGCCAAUAUAGUUUCUGAAUGGAACAUGGCAGUAGAGAUAGAUGCCCCUGAAAUGCUGAGAAAUCAUCUUUGCUGAGCACUUUUUGAAUGCUCGGGGUUCUAGGAUGUUACGCAAAGUAAGAGUUUCCUCAACUCCUUGGUACAGGGUUCAUUCAAACCCCCCAACUGUGAGAAUAUGUUUAUUUUAACUUUUUUAAAGUAUUUAAUUUUCCAAAAACAUUUCUUAUUUUUACAAAAAGGCACUAUUCCAUUUAAGUAUUGCCUUUUACCAAGAAGUCACUGCUUUUAAAUAGAACCCCAGAGAUGUAUUUUCAAGAAUUUAGGGUUUGAAAGCUCAAACCAACAGAAGGAUAACCCACCUUUGUAUGUACUUCUUUGUUCUUUAAUUGUUAUAGCUCCUUAGAUUUCACUGUAGCAUCACCUCCCAGGUUGCUCUGUUUCUUAGGAAAAUAACAAUGAAUGAAUGUAUAGUAGCUGCAUGUGUGAACUACUGCUGUAUAAUUUGCUGAUACUUCUGCAACAACUCUUCUUCUCCAAUUGAUUUGCCAUCACAAUACCGGAAUCUGUCGAUAUCCUGAAAGUGCUAAGCUCUGCUUUCCUCAAAAACACAGCAAAUCAACAGAGAAAUCAAAUGCCAUGGGUUUAAUUUUCUCUACUACUUUCUGAGGAAUUGUCUAAGGAUUCAGAGUCAGCCUACCUCUUGACUCUCCACCCCUCCAUCUAAGAUUCUGAAAGCCAAAGGGAUGUGCCUGGGGGAUCCAAGGUCAUUUGGAGCUGGAAGAAAGGGUAAAUUUGUCCAGAGCUUUGAUGUCCUCCUGUUGGUCUGUCACUGUUCAGAAAUAUCCAUUUUUGGAAUUUCCUCCAUUCUCACUAUCUCCCUCCAAGUUCAGAAAUCAUUUUCCCCCACGGGGCACGAUUGUGCGCAUGCCUGUAAUCCCAGCGGUUCAGGAGGCUAAGGCAGGAGGAUCUCGAGUUCAAAGUCAGCCUCAGCAACAUAGUGAGGCCUUAAGCAACUCAGUGAGACUCAGUCUCUAAAUAAAAU